AUGUCAAUGUACAACAGUUUUCACUGUCAGCAUCCAGCCUUAAAAUUAUCAGUAAUCAGUGUAAACAAACCUAAGAUGUCUCACCGACAUGCAAAUCUGCCGAAAACCGAGGUCAGCAUAGAACUUGGCCAGUUCACCUCAGAGAUUGAUAUUACAAUUAUUAACAGGAUAAAUAAUGAUUUACUCAAAUCUGAUCUUCUUCGUCCACCCGAACAGAAUAUCACUGGAGGGGUUCGAUUUAUGUCUCCAAGUACUUACACCAGUUUGACAGCUCAGGCUCUUUAUGAAGGAUCUACAACAGAAGAGAAGAAAGUUUCCCUGAAAGUCUCCAGCUUUUCCUGUACACUUUGUGUGCGAUUCCCUAUCCCAGAUUUACGAAGUGAACCUCAAGUGGAUCGAUUGCCAUGGUGGAAGAGGAACCUCCAGAAAGAAUCUCUUGUUCUCAAGCUUAAUGAAGUAUUAUUUCAAACAGUUCUUGGUUCCAAUGAAAGCUGUAAACAGUGCGAGUUGAAAUGUCAUUCAUUCAGUGGUGCUCUACAUGAAUCUCCCGACUCUUUACCUGUCAAUUUCAUCAAUGUCGAACCUGAUGAUGAUGAAUCCACUCACAGUUAUGGAUUCAAUUGGCCAAGAAUGGUAAUCACGCACACUCAGGAUUUGAACUCGGUUCUAGAGGAAGACAGUGCAGAGUCUGAUGAGAGUACCAAUUUCGACUCUUUGAAUGGAGCAUGUCAAUUUAGAAAAGCAGAGUCAUCUCCCUUUUCCACCAAGAAGUUUAUGUAUCAUAAAGAAGAAGUGUCUGAUAAAAGUGAAGUGAAAAAUGUCAGUGAAGAGCAUGUGUUACCAGGAGACAAGGAAGAAUUACGUGAGUUUCAGGAGAAAACAGCUGCUAAUUCUUGUCUGCUGAUUGAGAUUACUGUUCCAAAAGGUGAUAUCUUUUUCCAGAGUAAAGAUUUUUAUGAACUUAUAUACAACAGACUAUGCAAUGAUUUAUUAUUGUGGGAACCAACUGCCCCAUCACCAUUGUACAGUCAGGAACAAAGUUUACUCCUACCUCAAACAUUAGAGACACAAUACAGAGUACAGUACAUCCCUCCAGAUUUUAUGUCAGAAGCAAGAAAUGUGGACUCUGACAGUGAUUCAGAUGAGAGUCAAGGAAUGCACAGUUUUUCCGCAUUUGAUCAACGCAGUUUCCAUAAGAAGAAAUCACAGGAACGUAAAUUACAAAGCAAAUUAUCCUUUACAUUGAACCUCAACAAAGGAAACAUGCAUAUGGCUUCUAAGAAUCCUGCUCCUGAGGAAGUAGUAGCUAAUGAAAGGAAUUCUGAAAAUACUCGAAGUGAACUUGCCAUAUAUGCUAAAGAUGCCACUCUGUUUAUUGUCAUCAAUCAUAAUGGGGAUCCAGACUUACAAUUUAUUUGCUUCCAGUCCAACAAAAUUGAACUUUUACAUAAUUCCUGUGUAGAAACUCCAAAGUUAUCUGAUGAAAAACCAUCUAGCCAAGCAGACCUGUUUUCAACAAUCAAAAAAUCUGAAUUCACUUUUGACAAAAAUGGACGUCCAGUUGGCUGCGGUCCAGAUUCCCUUGAUAUGUUCUCUGUUGCUGUCAAAGUUAAAUUUGACAGCAAAAUUGACAUGUUCAAUUAUCCUGCUAUGAAGGAAUUCACCAUUGCGGUUGGUGUGCAAGGAGCAACCCUAAAUCACAGGAUAACUCCAAUGGAAAGCAGCUGGUUUUCUCAGGCUCUUGACUUCAUGAAUGUAGUGGAUUAUCCAAUAAAGGGUUAUGUUCAACCCCAGAUAUUGACACAGCUUCAUGUACACCUGUGGAACUGCACAGUAGAUUACAGACCUCUCCAUCUACCUUUACAUACACUGUUACACACCGAGUGGCUAAGUCUGUCAAGUAACAUUUUUGCCGAAUCAAUGUCCACUAUGCUGAGGUUUCAAUUUGAGAGGACGGGACUUUUUAUUUCUGAAAAUGUUGAAUUGAAAUGUAAUCUUAAAGAUUAUGUCUGUGUAGCUGACUGGGACCGGUUUGAACUUUGUGUACGGACAAGUGGUGAAAAAGAGACGAAAAUCCCAAAGAGAGAUGUUACACUUGGUAGCAAUCGUAUUAAUGUCCGAACUUGUUCAGAUUCUUGUAUUGCUUUAAUGGAACUGAUUCAGUAUAUAGCAAAUGAUGGAGAUUUGACUCAUGAUUCUGCGGACGAUGUUUCUUCCACAACAACUAAACCUGAUCAAGAUGACCUUGACAUUGCUUCCCUGGUAUCGGCUGUUGCUGACCCUGCUGUUAUGGACUCCACAAUAUUAGUGCAUGACAUGAUGGAAGAUGCAAUGAAAGAAUCUGCACUCCCGGAUACUGGCAAAACAAGUCAUGGUUCCCAUUCCAGGAGAAGCUCUGGGGCCAAGAAUCCAGUAACUGAAGUUUACUUUAUGCCUCCUAAAGAGGAGAAGCAGCCAUUGUAUGCACCCACAAGUGAUACUGCUGAUGAUCUCACACCAUCUGUAGACAUGUCCUCAUCAUCAAGUUCUCGGUCUCUUUUCAGCAGCACAAUGUCAGAAGAGAAUACGGAAUUGAGCAUAGAUGAAGAAUACUGUAUUUUGGAUGAUGUUGGAAUGGGGGUCGAGCCCCGAGGCAAUUGUCCAGAAGUCAAGGUUUAUGCCAAACAACCAUUGCAGCUAAAAGAAAAUUAUUUUUAUCAACCUCUGGGAAGAACAGAUGCUCUUAAGUCUCCAGAACAUUUCCCUGUGCCAGAAACAAGGCACACCUUGAAGGAAAUGUCCAUCCAUUGGUAUAUGUAUGGUGGGUCAGAUUUUGGACCUGUUAAAAAAGAACAUUCUAAGAAGAAUUUCAAGCCUUCAGCCUGUGAUACAAAUUCAACCCUACAAGGUUACAGGGAUACUGAAAAUGAAUUUAAUAAGACAAUGAAAGAGAGAAAUCGAAUGCAUACACCGUAUGACCAAGGUGGGCCUGGGAGAGAUACAGAUAUUCUUAUGGAGCUUCAAUUAUCUAAGGUGCGAAUGUUGCAUGAAACGUAUCCAGCUAAUUGUGAGCAGGUGUCCCGCCAGGUGUUGCUCAUUCAUGAUGUUGAAGUACUUGACCGGUUAUCGUCUUCCCCUUACAACAAGUUCCUCUAUCAAUACACAUCAGAAUCUACCCCCAGGCAAACAUAUGCUAACAUGUUGGUGAUUAAAGCCUUACACACACGUCCAGAUCCUGCUGUUCCUGCUGAAGAGUGUGCACUUAAAAUAUCUGUACAACCAAUCAAAUUAAAUAUAGAUCAGGAUGCCUUAUUUUUCCUCAUGAAGUUCAUGACAGAUAUCAUGUAUGGAUCUUCCACAGAGGAUCUGAAACCUCGAAGGUCACCAGAACAUGAAUUCAAGACUGAUGGCUCACGGAGGUCAUCCUAUUCCAGUGCUCCACUCCCAAUUUUGAGCACAGCCACACAAGCUGCAUCCAACACAGAGGAAGUGGAGCAACAGCAAGAACUUUUAAUUAAAUUUGAUCUUAAAGAAUCAGUGAGCCUUCCCACUGAUUCACCAACUUCAAUGUGUUCAGAAAUGAAAGAAAACCGGCCACCAUCUCAGCCAACCUACUUCAAGUCUGUGGUAUUUUCACCUGAUCUGCAUAUCCGUCUUGAUUACAAUGGAAAAAGAGUUGACAUGGAACAAGGUACAAUUGCUGGGUUACUUGUUGGCUUGGCUCAACUUAACUGUUCAGAGCUCAAGUUACGAAGAAUCAACUACAGACAUGGGUUGCUUGGAAUACAACGGGUUUUGGUUUCUAUAUUGACUGAUUGGCUGGAUGACAUCAAAAAGAACCAAAUCCCCCGCAUCUUAGGGGGAGUGGGGCCCAUCCACUCGGUUGUACAAUUGAUCCAAGGCAUCAAAGACCUAUUCUGGCUGCCCAUAGAACAGUACAGACGAGACGGAAGGAUAGUAAGGGGUCUUCAGAGAGGAGCCAGUUCUUUUACCACAUCCACUGCUAUGGCUGUCCUGGAACUGACCAACAGACUUGUAAAAUCUAUACAAUACCUUGCAAUGCUGACCUAUGACAUGGUAUCACCUGGUCCCAGUGUACGCACCCCUGCACGACAACACCGCCGUGUCCACAAGCGGUCAAAACAGCCCACUGACAUUAGAGAUGGAAUGGCUAAUGCUUAUAUUGUCCUAAAACAGGGUAUUUCGGAAACAGCAGAAACGAUUGUGCGAGCUGCCACUGAGGAACACGAACAGAAAGGUGUAACAGGUGCUGUGGGUGGGGUUAUUCGUCAGAUACCCCCAACCAUUGUGCAACCAAUCAUUCUAGCUUCAGAGGCCACAUCCAAUGUUCUUGGAGGUAUGCGCAACCAGCUUGUCCCCGAUGCUCGUCGUGAGGACGUUGAAAAAUGGAAAGUACCCACCAGUUGA